AUGAAGGUCAUUCGCACCAUCGGCUUCACCGGCACCAUCGCAAGUGGCAAGACUUCCCGCUGCAAGCACCUUGUGGAGAUGGCACAGCAGCGACAGCAAGCCAUGUGCGCUGACAAAGACCUAGGGAAGAGUAGUGCAACUUCAAUGCCAUUCCUUGGCAGGGAUAGAAAGGCGCACCAGGAAGCCAUCCCAUCUUCUUCGGUGUUAACGGUGCACUACAUUAAUGCGGACCUUGUUGGUCACCACAUCUACGAGCCUGGCAAGCCGUGUUACUACGCGCUGCUACAGCACUUUGGGACUGCCAUCCUGUCCGCACCGGUGUCAGCUGAGCCAGCAAGCCAACAAGUAGCUUUCCCAACCCAAGGAGGAGAGGAAGGAGCUUGCCGAGGUGAUAGCGCCGCGCGACCAGGAAAACCAGAGCCCCGUAUUGAUCGUCGUGUGCUUGGCGAAAUUGUGUUUGCUGAGGAGCGCAAGUUGCAAGAGCUGAACGCGAUCUGCUGGCCCUACAUCACCUCCGCGAUCAAGGAGGAGUACGCCAAGCUGUGUGCGGGUUUAAAAACACCAUACCCGCCUUCCAUGGAGUCGGCUGGGGUUUUGCCCUUCACCACGACGGCGGCGACUUCUUUUUCGCCGACGUCUUCGUCACCUUCGACUUCCACUGGUGCCGCUAGUUCAGCAGCACCCGUGGUUGGGCUGAUCAUUGUGGAGGCGGCGCUGCUGUGUGAAAUGACGGAGGUACUCGAGCUGACCACCGAUAUUUGGAUGACACACUGUACCCCUGCAACGGCGGUUGAUCGCGUGAUGGCGCGCAAUGGCAUCAGCCGAAAAGCUGCCGAGCAGCGCGUGGCCAGCCAGCUCGAUGUGGGCCAGAAGCUGCUCAAGCUGCGCCACUUGCCUUACAAGGGGGAUAUCGAGGUGUUCGACACAACGCAAGUGAGUCUGACGGAGGGGCUCAAAGAGACGGCGGCCGCCUUUGAUCGGUACUGGAGAACGAAGAUCGCCGUUCAUCUGUAA